AUGUCAAAUCAGCAUUUCUAUAUGGAUAUGUCAAAGAGGAGUGAAGAGAAGGUAUAUCGGCUAAAGAAAGCCCUUUAUGGCCUGAAGCAAGCCCCGCGAGCAUGGUAUAGUCGGAUAGAGGCAUGCUUUAUGAGGAUGGGAUUUGAAAAAUGUGACUAUGAACACACUCUAUUCAUCAAAACAGACCAAGGAGGCAAGAUCUUAAUUGUCAGCAUGUAUGUUGAUGAUCUCAUCUAUAUUGGUAAUGAUCCUGUGAUGUUCACUUCUUUUGUGAGUUCUAUGAAACAAGAAUUCGAUAUGACAGAUAUCGGUAAGAUGUGA